AUGUUUCGAGAGUUGUUGGUUUUCGCUGCGUUCUUCGGAAGUUUAUAUUCCAAAUCUAUACCGAACUUAAAAUGGAGCUACACAAAUGGGACAGAAGUUUGGAAGGAAGAUUUUAAAGAGAACUGUGCCGGAAAGAAGCAGAGUCCGAUAAACAUCCUUUCACAUGAAACGGAAAAUGCGGCGGAUGAUUUGCCCCCGUUCAAGUUCAGCGACGCGUUCAAAAAGGACAUUUCCGAUGUGAACUUAACGAACAACGGGCACAGUCUCAUGGUUUCAUUAGACGGGGUGAAUGACCACGAUCUGACGAUAAGCGAAGGGGGAUUGGAGGGGGAGUAUAAGUUGUCGAUGAUUCACUUCCACUUUGGCGAAGGAAACAACUCCGGCUCGGAACAUACGAUCGAUAACAUACAGUCUCCAGCCGAGAUUCAUUUCGUAUGCACGAGCGACUCGUUCGAAAAAGGCGAAAUGGGCAAAUUGGCAGUACUUAGUUUUCUCGUUAAGGCGCCCUCUUUAGCAGACGAGAAAUUCAAUAUUUUACAGCACAUCUCUGUAUUUGAUACAGGUGAGAAGACGGAACUUCCUGCAUUUUCUCUGUCAUCUAUCAUACCCCUGGAUAAUUCACACUUCAUGGAAAGAUACUACAGAUACCAGGGGUCCUUAACCACGCCCAAGUGCGACGAAAUAGUAGUGUGGACCAUAUUCAUACACCCACUCUACAUUUCAUACGAAGAGUAUGAGAAACUACAAGUUGGGCUGACUGAAGACGGCGAUAAACUUGUGAACAACUUCCGCCAGGUGCAGCCUCUGAACGGGCGAAAAGUUCUGCGAUCUGUUUCACAUGUUCACCGGAGAUGA